UUUUAAUUUUUUUUUGGGGGUGGGAGUAUUAAGUCUACAAAAGCCCUCGUUGUUUAGCUAGGGUUUUAGGUGGGAUUUCCUUCGAAAAGCGAGGUUUUUGCAAAGAUUUAAACGGAAUGGGUGACAAGAAGAAGAAGGCUGCUGCUAUUUUCAUCCGACUUGUCUCGACUGCUGGGACUGGGUUCUUCUACGUCAAGAGGAAACCUACCAAGAUAACUGAGAAGCUGGAGUUUCGCAAAUACGACCCUCGGGUGAAUCGUCAUGUUCUGUUUAAGGAAGCCAAAAUGAAGUGAUCAUAGGCCCCCCCAUAUCAUAAAUCUAUGUUUUCUCAUCUGCUCUCGUCAUAACUUGUGCUGAAUGCCUGAAUCAGUAUAAUUAUUGUUGAUUGAUUAUGCUUUUACUGCAGUAAAUGUUCCCUCCUUCCCUUUCUCUCUCUCAAUGUCAUUAAUUUUAAUCUUUUGAUGACAUGAAGUGAGAGAGAUCUAACUGGCAUCACAAAGUCCAGGCAUGAAUUGAAUUAAUAGGCUGUUGCAAGGUUA